AGAUCCAGUUUUAUAUAGACGUUCGAUAGGCUCAGACACGGGAGGGAGAACGGCUGUCACCAUCAUGCCAGGUCCUGCGAUAGCACCGUUUUUAGGGGCGACGGGGAGACUUAUGAGCUACAGGAACUUUAGCGAGGCAUCAGCAGUCGGAUUCCUUAGCGCCAUUCUAUUCGCCGUUUUCUCAGACCCCGUCCGAAAUUUUGUAGACUUCGGUGAAAAAUGGAUGGAAUUGUCGGCUUUACCCUAUCAGAUGAAUAUCGCCUUGUUGGGUUUUAUUGUUGGCUAUGGUCUCGUCAAAGUACUGAUGUUGGCCAGGAUAAUGGUCCUUAAAAUGCUCCUUAAUUAUCAUGGAUGGAUGCAUAGUCCGAAAUCCACGGCAACAAAGUUAUGGGGGCUGAUGUUGAAGGCCAUCGUCGGAAAGGGCAACUUCCCACUGUACUUCUUUCAGCCAAUGCUACCCCACCUCCCCGUACCAGAUCUCAACAUCACCUGUGAGAAAUACCUGACGUCCAUGAGACCCCUACUGUCUGACGAGGACUUCAUGAACCUAUUAACAGCUGUUUUAUCAUUCAAGGAGAAAGAAGGUCCAACACUCCAAAAACACCUGCUUCAAAAGUUUGCCACAGAGGAGAACUGGUUGUCACAUUACUGGUUAAACCUGGCUUAUCUCACCUACAGAGAACCCUGUGCUGUGAACGUGAAUUGCUAUGCAACAGACAGGAAGGAGGCAUGUAGCACUAACCAGGCGGCCAGGGCGUCUAACCUUACCCACUGGAUACUAAGAUUUCAUGAGACUAUUUUGGAGGACACGUUAAAACCACAGUUUCUUCAGGACAUGAUACCUAUAUGUAUGGACGGUUACAGAAUGCAGUUUUGUACGUCCCGUAUACCUGGUAAACACGUUGACGAGCUGGUCACCUUUAAAGAUUCAAAGCAUAUUGUGAUAAUGAGAAAGGGCUGUUAUUACAAGCUGAGCGUCUAUGCACCUGAUAAUGAUGGAAAGGACAGAUUACUCACACCAGCCGAAAUCCUCCCCAUCAUCGAACACAUUCUAAAAGAUGCAGAAGAGUCAACAGACAAUAGCAAUGCAGCGGUAUUUACAGCUCUCAAGAGAGACAAAUGGGCUGAUAUCCGUACCAGAAUGAUGGAAAGCAAACUUAAUAAAAAGAGUAUAGAAGAUGUGGAGUCAGCCAUAUUUCUUGUAUAUCUGGAUGAGGAGCUACCAACAACAAUUGAAGAGAAUGGAAAAUAUAUCAUGGUUGGAAGUGGAUUUAACAGGUGGUAUGAUAAAUCCGUCUCGUUUGUAACUUUCGCCAAUGGUGUAACGGGUUGUAAUGGAGAACACAGCACCUGCGAUGCGACACUACCAGGCAGAAUGUGGGAAUAUUACCUACAGAAUGAGAAAUACACAAAGGAUGGCAAAAUCAUCGCUGAGAGGUCUCGUAAGAAGAAAAUUCCUUCCGCAGAAAGAUUGACAUGGGAUAUGACUGGGUUUGAAGAGGAUCUGGAAGAAGCGUACGACCAUUACAGAAAGCUGGCUGGUGGAUUCUGUCUGAGAGUUGUCACCCCUGAAUACGGAAAAGGAUACAUCAAGAAAAAGAGGAUGAGUCCCGACGGAUACAUCCAGAUGGCUCUCCAGUUGGCCUAUUACAAACUCUAUAACCAAGUUCCCAAAACCUACGAAUCUGCAUCAACGAGGAUGUUUCUGGCUGGUAGAACUGAGACAAUCCGUCCGGUCUCGGAAUACUCGAAGCAGUGGGUAAGCAGCAUGAUGAAUGAGCGAGCAACGCGUGAACAGAGAAUCAUGUUACUCAAGCGAGCCGUGCAAUACCAGACACAGGUCAAGGUCGACGCCAGCAUAGGUCAAGGCUUUGACAGACAUCUGAUCGGACUGUUCGCCGCCUCACAGGAACUCAAGAUACCGACCCCAGCUCUGUUCCAAGAUAAGAGCUUUUGGAUGCAGGACAAACUAAGUACAUCACAGACUCCGACCCGCUACACCGACCAGUGGACACUUGAGACCUGCUGUAUGGGCGGAGGCUUUUCCCCGUCUUCACAAGAUGGCUACGGUAUAUCCUACAUGAUCUACGGGGAAGACUUGAUCAAUUUCCAUGUAACUAACUGCAAGUACUGCCAGACAACUUCAGCAGACAAAAUGGCUGAUGCUAUUUUGGAGGCCAUGUCGGACAUGAAAGAAUUGCUCAAGUAGUGUGUUGGUGUCACAUGGCAAUGGUGUCCGGUUGCCAUGGUGCUAUGCAUACAUCAUGUGACUGUUGUGUUACCAUGGUUUCCUGUAAUCAUGGUGUGUGUCGUCAGAUUGGGAGACAAUCAGGACCAAUGUCAGGAAGAGGAAUGAAUUUACAUCAGAGACAAGUCCGACUGGAAAACUAGAAUUCAGCAACAUUGAAGAACAUCCUAGAAUCUUCAUGCUACAAAGCAGGAAUAUCAUUCCGUCGUAGAAUUCGAUUGGAAAUUUAUUGAAGUGACAUUUAACCAAAACAGAAAAUUGAAUGACUUCGAAGAAAUGUUGUGUUUUCUGUAGCAUGAAAAUAUAAUCAUGAUAUUGAACUGAAAUUCUUGUACUGUAUCAAUCAAAAGGCAAGAAUUGAUCAUCGGCACAGACACUGUACCGGAUAUCCAGAAUUUAUUUGUCAAAGGUAUUGUCAAGGCUGCUGAAUUUUUACAAUUUCCAUAGGAAAAUUAAGAAGAGGGAAAGCCGAAGAGAGACAUGGCCUGAUCUAUAACCAUGCCUUGAAUUUUCAGUCUCUUCUUUUAUAACAAUGCAACUUUUUUUAAUGAACGCCAUAUAGGUAGCAUGUCUAUUUGUGUGUGUUGUUGUGUGUCAAUAGGUGUACUUGCUACUAUUUUUGCAUACCGCGUGUCUGGAUGCCAGUGUUUGCGGAAAGCACUUGUGAUGUAGAUUCACAAAAAUGGCACUGCCGGGGGAUUUCUAAUUACAAAAACAUGGCAUCUCCAUUUUUCUGUGACUCACUCUUUGAUAUUAGUAUUAUUUUAUUGAGGAUGAAGCUUUUAAUAUUGUAGAGACAUUCUCAUCACGCCUGUGGAUUUGUUUAAGAGGGUGGGUACCAAGACAAAGUAUCGUCUUGAUUACAAAUUGAAAUUUUGGGAACAUGUCGCUUUGCAAGAAAACAGGAAUGGAUAUUUGAUAAUGUCUUUUUAGUGUGCUAAAAUUUUGCACCGUGUACCGUUAUCUUCUACACAAAUCUGUCUGAUAGAUAAUUUUUAUGAAAUAUAUAAAUAUUUAUGUACAAGUUAACAAUUUUUGUGUUUAAAAAUCUUAAUUUAUUUUUUUAUAUUCAGAUGGCGAUGAAUCAUAACACACUAUUCUGAUACUGUGUUUAUCAGCAAGGUCAAUCUUACAGUAUAUGAAUUAAUUCUAAGGUUUUUUCCCUAUGCCAUUUGUAUUUGAAAAUAUCAAUAGUCAAUCCAUGUACAGUAUUGACAUUUCAAACUUUUGUUAAGGUACAAUGUAUACCUAAUGGGUAACACUAGAGAGAGUGUAUUCUAUUCAAACUAUUCAAAUAAAAUUGGUUUACCGAAUGGUGCAAUAAUUCAAAUAUUGAAAGAUUUCUGGGUUGGCAUGAUGGUACAUGUACAUUUCAUGUACAGAAUUUUCUUCUGGACACUAGGCCAAUAAAAUAUAUAUGCGUUUUGUCACAUGAUUGACAAAAUUUAAUAUAUACUGAAAUAUAUAGAUGAGAAAAAAGGAAGAAAUUUAGAGAAUAUUAUCUACGUCUAUCUUCAGUUAAAAAAACCUAUUGUUUAUAAUAAAAAGUCUGUAAUAUUUUACCUAGUAUAUCAAGCUAAAAUCCAUUGACUGAAAAUGUCAUGUGCUUUGUGUGUGAUAUUUAAUACUGUAACAUGUGAACUGAUCAGUAGUGUUGUGGUAGAUGCAGACUUGGCUUCAAACUUAUUAUCCAAGUGGUAGUUUUUAUUUUCAUACAUCAUUGGUAAAUUUUAUAGGAGCUUGUGUUUAGUUUCAGGGACCAUAGAAUUUAAAUUUUGUUUCUUUGCUGUAACUUGCUGCUUUUACUGUAUCUACAGAUAUUGUUUUCUCUGAAACAAGAUUUGCAAACAAUUUCUGUUGAUGGUUUGCCUUUUAAUUGGGACAAAACAGAAGUCAUAUUUUUAUUUGUUCUUAUUUUUUGUUUGUUAGUAAGAUAUUUAUGGGAUAAUUUUUAUGAUACCCGGUACUUCCUUUGUUAAGAUAUUGUUAAGAUAUUAAAUUUCAUUUGUUAAUGUAUCCAUUUUAAAUGUCCCAUUUCAUUUUAAAACUGAUAUUCACAGCAAGAAUAAAUUAUUUGGUCCAGUCUGCCCAGCAGUACUAAUGAAUACAAACAUUUCGGAAGUAACUGAGGGAGAGACUUGGGUCCUCUCAAGGGAAGUUUUAUACUUUCUCGAUUGAGCCGACACUGGGCUAAACCUCUCUGUAUAGUAUAUUACUUACUUUGUAGGGCUUGGUAAAUUUUUUAUCAAGGUGUUGAUCAAUAUGGCUUAAAGAGUCUUUUUGAAUUUUUAGAAAAUGCUGCUGUAAUAUUUUACUUUAAUUUCUUUAAAUUGAAUUUUGAAAAAAAAUACUACUAGUGUUUUAAAUUAUAUGAUUGUGAAAUAUUGUUUGCAACUGUUGAUUGAAUCGCUUUUGAUUUGAAAUAUCUGCUGUGUGUUAUGGUAAGUUCGUAUGUUUUCAUGUGGAGCACAUUUUCUUUGUCAAGCCCAAUCCCUGUCAGUAUGACAUGUUGAAUAUUCUGUAAGUUUAAGAGACUUAAAAAUUAUGUUGAUAUUUUAAUUUUUUAAAUUUUAAAUAUGAGUUUUAUCCUUUAGCAACAUGGGAUGUAUGAACGAUAUAUAUAUUUAUAACUGUUCCAGUUAUCCACAUUAUUUAUAACUUGUUUUGAAUUCAUCUACAAAGUAAAUACUAUCCAACACUUGCAAUUCAUACUUGCACUCAGUUUAUGUACACAAUAUUUAGCAGUGUUUAAUUUCAUUUUCGAUUCAUCGUGUAGGGUACCGUGCUGAAGUUUGUACAUGUAUGGUGUAAUUACAUAUUACGUGAAGAGUUGAUAAAUGUCCAAUUAUAAUUGCAUUUAGUCGGCAAGCUAGUCUGUGACUUUUUUCUCGUUGCCUUCAUGCCUCGCACAUAUUAUAAAUGAAAUGAAUCUCAAUUUUGGGGGGAAAACUCUUUGAAUUUCGGGUCCAUGUAACGAAUUGCUGAACUGAUCUCAUGACAUCUUUUGUAGGAACUGAAAAUGGAUAUUACCGAGUAUUAUGUUGGUGUAAAACAUUCAUGUUGUUAUAAAGUUUACAUAUUAUUUUUGUUUUUCCACUUUUAUUUUGGCUUUUUUUAGAGACUGAAAGGGCUUUUCUGUCAAAAUAGGAGAAAAUAUGCAUUCCUUGGAGUCAGCGCAUUUAGCCCUUUCAACCCUAGGUAACUUUAGUAGACUCUACCAUACAUUUAUCUGGAUGAGUCCAUUCUUGUCUACAGUGGUGAAAGGGUUAAGGGUCCCUGUCCCACGGUACCAUGUUUUUUUCUAUACACAGUUAUCUCCCCUUAACUUGGUUUGGAUAUAACUAUAGCAGAAUUGGGCCUGUAUACUUUUGAUGUCCAAGUAGCUCAGUCAUUUUGAGUGAUAAACAAUAUGAAGUUCAGGGUUUGAAUCCAAGUCAUGUACUUCUCAAUUUUACAAUCAAAACACUAUUGUUAAUUACAUUUGGUUUAUUUCAUCUUUAAUAUUUCAUAAAAGUCCACCAAGAUAUGUUGUACUUUCCAGAAUUGGUUUAUCAAAGCUUAAGUCAUACCGAAAAAAAAUAGUUUCCGAUACUUAAUUACAGUCUUUGGCAGUGAUACAGGAAUACUGAAAGCAUUUGAUUGAAAUCUUUGAUAUCAAUCGAAACAUCGAUAUUCCUGCUUCACAAAGCUCGUUAUAACCUUCUGUUUUAUCAAAGUCAAAACAGCAAAACAUUACCAGUGGAAGCUUUACUCAAAUCUGAGGUUCUCAUUUUUGGUAGAUGACUUGUUUAUAUCAUGUUUCAAAUGUGUAGGUCUAACUAAGUUAGUUGAGCCUUUUAAUGACGAGCUGAUAAACCUUGUGAACCUAUCCCAUCAAGCUUGGUGGUGUUUCUCUGUCAUAGGAAAGGACCUGCUUCAGUCUUUAAAACUCAGUCAUUUUUUUUUUUUUUGAGAUGUCAGCUUAAUUAAUGUGAAUGUUUUAUAUGAAAUGGUCACGAUGGAGACUGCCAUUUUCAGUCUACAUGUAAGCAUGUAUGAGGAAGAAGAGUGUCAGAUUUGAAAGUGCUGAAAUGUGUCGUGUGGGUCACUGGCGUUGGACAUGACUUGUUUUCACAUUUAAAUACAGAUGAAGUCGAUGCUUAUUUAUGAUAUGCUCAAGCUGAGAAAGGCUUGGUUAUGAUAUUUAAAACAAAACAUUUAUAAAACGUGGUUGAGAUUCAUUUUCAAAUCUGUCAUUAAUAAAGAAAUAUUUAAAUAUCU